GCCGAGGAGCUGAUGCGCUGGCUCAUCGCGCCGGUUCCGCUCGAGACGUUCAUGCGGGACAUAUGGGAGCGCCGGCCGGCGUACGUCAGCCGCAACGCGCACAAAGGGUACUUCGACGGCCUCCUCUCCAAGGCGGACAUCGACGAAUGGCUCCGAGCGGGGAAGAUGCGAUACCAACGCAACGUAGACGUCACCUCAUACAAAGACGGCGUGCGUCGGACGCACAACCUCAACGACGACGGCAGCGGCGGCGUCGACGCCACCACCGGCGAGCCGGGCUUCGCGGACGCCGACACCGUCUGGCGCAGGUUCGAACAAGAGGGAUGCUCGCUCAGGGUGCUCCACCCGCAGCGGUGGAGGGAUCCGCUGUGGAAAACCCUCGCGGCGUUGGAGCGCUUCUGGAACUGCAGCACGGGAUGCAACUGCUAUCUCACCCCCGCGGACUCCCAGGGAUUUUCCCCGCACUACGACGACAUCGACGCGUUCAUCCUUCAGCUCGAGGGCAAGAAGCUGUGGCGGGUGUAUCCGCCGAGGUCGGAGGCGGAGAUGCUGCCGCGGUACUCGAGCCCAAACUUUGGUCAGGACGACGUCGGCGAGCCCGUGCUGGAGGUGAUCCUGGAGCCCGGGGACUUGCUCUACAUGCCCCGCGGGACCGUGCACCAGGCGAACUGCGUCCCGGGCGACCACUCGCUGCACGUGACGCUGAGCACGAACCAGUUCAACACGUGGGCGGACCUGUUGGAGGUUGCGUUUCCCGCGGCGCUGCGCCAGGCGGUGGCCGAGGUUCCCGCGCUGCGCAGGUGCCCGCCGCCGGAUUACCUCGCGCACCUCGGCUUAGUCGACGGCGAGUUCGACGCCGUGAACCCGAGGCGGGACGAUUUAAUCGGCGCCCUCGUCGAGCUCGCGCAGUGCGUCAUGCGCCGGCUACCGUUUGACGCUGCCGCGGAUCACAUCGGCGCGAGGCUCAUGCGCCAGCGGCUUCCCCCGCCCCCGUCGCACGUCUCCGCGCCGGUCUCCGCCACCGGCGCGAACGCGGCGGCGACGGUGACGGACGAGACCCGCGUGAGGAUCACGCAGGAGGAGGGCGCCAGGCUGGUGGUUGAGGACGACGCGGUUGUGGUGUGCCACCCGUUUGGGAACGGCCGGCUGCUCCACAUGGAG